AUGUCCUCAAUAAAGGACUUAAAUGUGACUUUUGAAGCGAUCAAUGAAGACAGUAGUUACUCUGAAGGAGAUACUAUAGUGGGCACAGUUAGUUUCAGACUGACUAGAGACGUCAAAGUCAAGAGCCUUUCUGUAAAAGCCAAAGGAGACGCGAAGGCAGAAUGGACAGAAGGAGUAGGAGAGUGCCAGAUGACGUACAAAACGAAAAAGAGAUAUUUCAAAUUGAAGGAAUACUUAAUUGCAGAAAAUGGCAAAGGCACUGUACUUCCCAAAGGAGCCCACGCUUUUAAGUUCAGUCUCCAAAUCCCAGAGGGGAGCCUACCUUCAUCUUUCAAGGGGAACUAUGGAAAAAUUGUGUACAUGUUUGAAGCAAAAAUAUCCAGAAGCUGUUGGUGGUCUUCUAAAGUAAAACAAAAGAUCAACUUUAUUUCCAAGUCCUUUCUACAGUUUUGUGAAAAAAUGUGUCCACACUCUGGUUCAGUGAGUAAAAAAAUGAGUGGUCGCACCAAGGGAGAGGUACAUUUGUCAGCCACCAUUAUCAGAAAUGUUUCCUCUCCAGGUGAAUCUUUAUCUGUUGUUGCCAAAAUCUGCAACUCCUCUUCCAAGGACAUGAGGCCCAAAUUCAAGCUUGAGCAGAGAACAGUGUACUGCUGCCAGAACAAUACUACAGAGUCUGCAGUAACUCUGUUACAAAUGGUGGGGGGCGCUGUCAGUCCAAACUCAGAGCAAACUGCCUCCUGCCAGCUGAAGAUUCCUGAAGAUGCCAUUCCCACUCUUCAUAACUGUGAAAUCAUCUCGGUUGAAUAUUACAUCAAGGUUUAUCUGGAUAUUAGCGUUACCUUUUACCCAGAGGUGGUGUUUCCACUGGUCAUCAUUCCUUCCAGAUUGGCUGCCAUUCAGUUUGGUGAGGCUGUGGAGCCUUACGCACCUGAGACAAUUGAGGCCACAAGUUACAGCAACUUCUCUUCCCCUGCCUUCCCCGCUGGAAUUGAAUCUGUACCCACAGGGUCAGGUGCCACCCCAGAACCCAUUCAGCAUGACAACAUAACAAGUCGCAGUUAUAACCAGUGGCCACAAGGUGCCAGUCCACAGGGGUCCUCAGCACCAGCAUUCACAUCACUUUCAGUACAACAUCCAGGCCCUACUGCUCUGCCUCACCUUCUGCAGGGAGAACAAUCUCCAUUAUAUAUGUCCAUUUACCACCAUCAGAAUGAAUGA